UUCUCGUCAUUCUUGUGUUGACGUGACUGGCUUGGAGGUGCACCAGCAAUUAUAAAAAGAAAAAUCUCUGUUCAAUGAAAGCAAGCAAGCAAACCAGGCAUGGAGUGCCUCAAAGACUGCUGCAAGAAGCUCACCAAAAAGCGAGAGAAGGAGCAGGAGGAGACAAAAGGUGUUGCAGUGCAGGUACCCGUCACCCGCAAACGAUUGGGGGUUCAGGAAGACUACCUCCUAUCCAAGAUGCCCCCUGACGGCAAAGAGGUCCCGUUUGUCUUGCCCACCUUGAAGGCAUCGUACGUGCAGCCCGGAGCCUCCUCUUCCCCUAACUUGCAGUACGGGAUGCCCGGUCCGACCCGCUGCGCGUACGCUCAGAGGAAGGCCGAGCUGCUGAACCCCCUGGCCGCUUCUUUUGCAUAUAGCUCAGAGUCCAGUCUGCAUACCGUCGCUGUAGCCGCGGAUCCCGAGAGGACCUCGUUUGGCCUCAAUUCCCGAGAUCUUGAGGUCAACACAAGCUACUCAGACUCUGGUGAACGACUUAGUCGGUCCAUGACUGAGCUCAUCACCACUCACAGUCCUGAAAUGAAGAGCUUUGAUUCCAUGCCCAGUGUCCUGAGCACUUCAGCCUCCAUCAGUGACUCGAUGAGAAGCAGCGCAGAUUCUUUCUCACUGUUGGGUGACGACCUGGGGAAGUUGUGUGUCCGACUGAGCUACAAGGAGGAGAUGGAGCAGGUGUGGAUCACGCUGGUCCAGUGUUCACAACUCAACUUGCCAGUGAAUAAAGCCCAAAAGCCAAAGAUCCGAAUCAAAGGUGUCAUCACACUUCCGAAACCGGUCAAGUUCCAGACUUCCAUCAAGGAAUACUGUCGGGACACAUCCUUCACGGAGACGUUUGUCUUUGCGCUGAGCCUCCAGAGCCUCCGCGGCAGCGCCCUGCUGCUGAAGCUGCAGACGCAGGGGGCCAAGAAGCGCACGGUGGCCAAGUGCGUCCUGUCGCUCCGGCCCCUCGGCCCGCAGGAAAUUGAGCAGUGGCUGCCCCUCAGAAGUCCAUGCAAGUUCUCCGGUCGAGGAUGCGAGCUGCAUCUGGCAACCUGCUUCCAGCCCGUCUGCAGACGCUUGCAAGUCCGAGUCCUCGCCGCCCAAAACCUGCCAACUUCCGCCUCGCCCCUCCCGCCAGCCUACGCAGUGACUGUGGAGAUGCUGGGCUCCGCCGAGCCAGCGACCAAGAAGAAGACGCGAGCGCUCAAGGCCACCAAGGGGCAGUGUCAAUGGAACGACACUUUUCACUUGGAAUUGGACCCUUUGGAACUGGCCGCAUGCGAGCUGUCAAUCAAACUCUUCAGCUGCAGCUCGGUCAAAAGGAAGCAUUGUGUCGGACAGGUCCAGCUGGGAUUGAACGGCCCCACCCAGGAAGCGGCGGAGCAAUGGAAGGACACCGUGGACCAUCCCGAGAAAGUGGUGGCGGCCUGGCAUACUGUGACUUAAAGUCGCCAUCUCUCUUUUUCUGGGGGCACAUGUGAAAUGCGAAACGUUGCGUUCGUGUUAUUGAUCGUUCUGAUCACCAGCUAAAGAUUUUGAUCAGUUUAACACGUGACCACACGUUGGUUAUUGUUGGUCUAAUUCACUGACUCAAAGGUG